GUGAUCUGCAACAACCUGGGCGGCUUUGGCCCCGAGAAGAACGCCCCCCAGCAGCUGCACUACCGCGCCGUGGCGCACCUGCACGGCCAUGCCGUGGACGUGGUACUGGAAGCUGGUCAGGGAUAUCAUCCCAAGAAAGCACUGCUCAAUGGCUUGGCCUCGCAUCACUAUGCCGCCUCGGUCAAUGUAGCCACGAACACGGAAGCGCAAAUCGAGCUGCGCUUUCUGAUGGCCAGUCAUCAAGUGCAGGAAAACCAGCCGCUUCCAGUGAAGUUUUCCAAGCUUUUCCUGUCCAUUUUUGACUCGGAGGAGCCAGUGAGAUCUCUGCAAAAAGGUGAAGUGGUACUGCAUGAUGUCAAGGCGGCAUUUUGGCCCAAUGGGACUCGCUGGAACGUCCCGAUCGAUCCACAGGCGGCCUAUGUGGUCCCCGGGGGAGUGGCUCCUGUGAUGCUCUUUGAAGAUGUGACCAGUGUGUCAGUCACCUUGACCCCCAAGGAUUAUCCAGGCAACUCAGUGGGUGGCUUCUGGGCUGGUCGCACCUUCUUCAUCACUUUACACUCACCUGAUCUGGCGGGGCACUGGUUUGCCCAAGCCGCCCCUGUGCGUUCACUUCGCCUUCUUGUGCUGGUGAUGGCAGCUCCUGCUGCUGCCCUGGAAGAGGAAUUGGCCGCCAUGGAGACUGCAGACGCUGCUGAUCUUGCAGGACCUGCUGCCGAAGCAGCUCAUCCUGCCGGAGCUCCUGCUGCCGAAGCAGCCCACCCUGCUGCAGCAGCCCCUGCUGUGGCAGAAGCUGCCCGUGCUGCCAAAGCACCGGCUGGUCCUCCUGAUGUCGCGCCACUGAUUGAGGACUACAAUGAAGCGGAGCAUGGAGAUGAUGGGCCAGGGCCAGAUGAGCUGGUUGUGGAAGGGAGAUUGGUGCACCAAUCUGAAACUGGCCUUCUCCCUGCAGCCCAAGCUGCCCAAUCUGCUGCUCUCCAGCGCCAGCGAAUGGAUAUCGCAGAGAGCGUGAGGCAAGCUGUUGGCAGCACCUUUGGCUUGCGAAUGGAAGGUCUGCUGCUGGGCCAGGAAGAAAUCAAGCACCAUGCUGUGGCUCGCAUCCAUGCCCCUGCAAUUUUCAAUGAAGUCUACGACACGUCCAAAGAUUUCUCAUGGGCAAUGUUCGGAUUUAACACCAUGGUGUUGAGUUUGACCCUGCAGCCCAGCGAAGCCAACAUAGUCGAGGAAGCCCGCGAUUUGCUGCAGCUGAUUCCUCCGCACAAUAGCAUUCCAAAGAAGUUCUCUGUGUUGGCUGCCAUUGUGCGUGAGCUCCUCCAGCAGUUCUCAGAGGCCGGUCCCUGCGGUGGUGGAGCGCUUCUGUGCAACAUCUUCAUCUUACCCUUCUCUAUGAACGGUGCUGCCAGGGGAUACCCGCUUCUUGAGCCAGAGGAGGAUGGGGAGCCUUGA